AUUUUGGGGUGUGGGAGCUAAGGAUUCAAAAAUUGUCUGGUUCCAUCAGGAUGGAGGUGAAGGAACCCUGUUUUUUCAGCACUGCUGCACCAGGGUGCCUAGGGGGGUCUAGGUUUUUUUGAUACACUAAUUGGUUAGGCUUGUUCAUUUAAGAAGUGGAAUUUUGGGGACUGGGCUUUAUCCUAGAGUAGCAACAGAAAGUCCAGCAGCAAUUCUACUCUCCCUUUCAAGUCUUGUUUUCCUAACGUAGAAGUUUCCUCCAUGUAGCCGAUACCUACCUCCUUUUGCUCCAGAGGGCUGCUGGGGGAACGGACAGGCUGAUUGGAGAGCUGGAGAGCCGGUCCCGCCUGCUGGAGGCGGGGAUAAGGGGCUGCCCAGCUGAGAGAUCCCUGCUGUAGUGGGAGUCUGGGCAGUGUCUGGAAGUAGAAGGCGCUUGAUUUGGAGAGCAGAUCUCAGAGUGGGGGAGAGGGUAAAACAUCCUCGAUUUGGCUGACAGACCAACCUGGAAGCUGCAUCAGCACCGUGGAGAGUGUGGACCUAGGCUCUGGACAUAUGUCAAUAUCAGUCCAUGUGCACAGCGUGUGUUAGGGUGUCUGGGGCACAGCGCUGACGGGAGGAGGUAGAAGGACGUGAUGAGGAGUUGAGGGCGGGCUGAGUUUGUGUCCCCUUCCCGAUCCCCAGAUUUCAGAGACAGCAGAGUCCCGCAGGAGACUGAGAGGGGGCGGGCAGCCGGGCUCUGCCUGUCCUGGGGAGCAGCAACGGGCUUUUGGAAGAAGUCCCCAUUUGUAUCAGACACGGGAGUGGCCUGGGAAGAGAGAGUCACACAACCCACCUGCCCGAGCCCGUUGUUUCUCCGUGGGACAGCAGCGGCCGGGGAAACCUGGGCAGCAGGGAACAAAGCCCCGCUGUCUUCCGCCCAGCGGCCAGAGGAACAGUCCUGGAGCAAGCUAUGAAGUCUUACACUCCAGUUGUCAUUCUCCUGUGGGGCGCUGUCGGGAUAGCAAGGGCUGCCAAAAUCGUUGUUGUGCCUCCAAUUAUGUUCGAAAGCCACCUGUAUAUUUUCAAAGCCCUGGCCUCAGCCUUGCACGAGCAAGGUCACCAGACAGUGUUCCUCCUCUCUGAGGGCAGACACAUCCCUCCAUCGAAUCACUAUAGACUCCAACGUUACCCAGGGAUCUUUAACAGCAGCACCUCGGAUGAUUUCCUUCAGUCCAAAAUGAGGAGUAUUUUCUCUGGAAGACUGACAGCACUGGAACUGUUUGACAUCCUGGAUCAUUAUUCUAAGAACUGUGACAUGAUUGUGGGCAACCAGAACCUAAUGCAUGUCUUGAAACAGGAAAAAUUUGACCUGUUGCUGGUGGAUCCUAAUGAGAUGUGUGGGUUUGUUAUAGCUCACCUUUUAGGUGUUAAAUAUGCUGUUUUUUCCACUGGCCUUUGGUAUCCAGCAGAAGUAGGUGCUCCGGCUCCUUUAUCUUACGUUCCAGAAUUUAACUCACUUCUCACAGAUCAUAUGAACCUUCUAGAAAGGAUUAAAAACACUGUUAUUUAUCUGGUUUCAAGAUUUGGAGUCAAUUUUUUGGUUCUGCCGAAAUAUGAAAGGAUAAUGCAGAAACACAAGGUAGUGCCAGAGCGGUCGAUGCAUGAUUUGGUUCAUGACUCCAGCCUGUGGAUGCUGUGUACAGAUAUAGCACUAGAGUUUCCAAGACCCACGCUACCAAAUGUUGUUUAUGUGGGAGGAAUCCUCACCAAACCGGCCAAUCCUCUACCAGAAGAUCUUCAAACCUGGGUGAAUGGUGCUAAUGAAAAUGGCUUUGUCCUUGUCUCAUUUGGAGCGGGAGUGAAAUAUUUGUCAGAAGACAUAGCAAAUAAAUUAGCAUAUGCCCUGGCAAGACUUCCUCAGAGGGUUAUCUGGAGGUUUUCAGGAAGCAAGCCGAGGAAUUUAGGAAACAAUACAAAACUCAGAGAAUGGUUACCACAAAAUGAUCUCCUUGGUCAUGCUAACAUUAAAGCUUUCCUUAGCCAUGGUGGUUUGAACAGUAUUUUUGAAACCAUGUACCAUGGAGUGCCUGUGGUGGGAAUUCCCCUCUUUGGAGACCACUAUGAUACUAUGACCCGAGUGCAGGCCAAAGGCAUGGGAAUAUUAUUAAACUGGAAGACAAUUACUGAGGAUGAACUAUAUGAAGCACUGGUGAAAGUCAUUAAUGAUCCCAGCUAUAGGCAACGGGCCCAAAAGCUGUCUGAAAUUCACAAGGACCAACCCGGGCAUCCUGUUAAUCGGACAGUGUACUGGAUUAAUUAUAUCCUCCGACACAACGGAGCACAACAUCUACGUGCUGCUGUUUACACCAUCUCUUUUUAUCAGUAUUUCUUGCUGGAUAUUGCCUUUGUUGUACUACUUGGUGCUGCCUUAUUUUACUACAUUUUGGCCAGGAUAGCAAAGUUUAUCCACAAACAAAGCAAACGUCUUUGGUCAAGUGAUGAACAUAGCACCAUUAAUGGACAUUACCACAAUGGGAUACCAAAUGGCAAAUACAGAAGAAAUGGUCACAUUAAACAUGAAAAAAAGGUGAAAUGAGCCAACUAUCCCAUGUACAGUAAUGAAUCAGAUCAAUAAUUGAAUUUUAUCGCUGUAACUUAAUCUAACAACUACUUAAAGUAAAACAUCAGUAAACAGUUCUAACACUCUCCUACAGUAUGUAAUCUUAUAUGAUGAGAUUCUACAGAACUAAGAAACAUCUUUAAAAAACGAAACAAAAACCACAGCCUAAAAUGUAAAAUGUAUUUUAUUCUUAAUACUGAUGCAGAGAGGUUAUUUUGGCACUGAAGUUUUUAGAAGCCUUAAUUCUCUGAAGUAAUUCAAUGACCAUAUUUAUGAUUUUCCAGUUUUUAAACCUGAAUGUGUGCGUCCCAGAUAAGGAAAGGUUUCCUUUAACUUGCAAAGAUUUUCUUAUUUUUAUUUAUAUAUAUAUAUAUCUAUAUAUAUAUAUAUCCCUCUUUUAGCUGAGAGAAUUUUAGAGCUAGCUCUGUGUUCUAUUUGUUAAAGGUUUGACAUGUUGCCUAAGAAUGAUGUUUCAAUAAAGUCAUCUUUCCCAGUGUUUGACACUCAACAAUUAAGUUGCAGAUUGAGAAUGCAGCCAUAAAAAAGAACUUUCUCAAAACUGAACAUUGAAGAAAAAUGGUAAAAAUAUGUACUGCUUCCCCCCCGAAUAGGCUACAUAACUCUUCUGUUCUUUGCCAUUGCUUUAGAGAAAGAGAUUUUGAUUAAUCUAGAUUAAAUUGUAAAUUUUAUAUUUAUGUAUGUUUUAUUUUUAUUUUAUUUUGUGGGGUUAUUUGCCUUUAACUACAUAAAUAAUUUAUUCCACUGGAAGAAAUGUAGAGGAGUUUUAAUUACAUGAAUAAAAUGGCUGUGUGGGUAGAAUGCAUAAUUAAGAAAAAUAAAUGAAACUCAGAAAAAAAUGUUUUGGCCCUGAGCUCAGUGCAGAAGGUUUGCUAUGGCCCUUGAGCGAUGCAGAAUCAAACCACUAUGUGGGGUUUGUUUAAGAAAAGUUGAAUGUCUUUCCUAAUAAUUAUUAUUAUAUUAUUAAGUUUUUUCUAAAUCACAGUGUUGUAGAUGUUCUCUUUCAAACAGUUCUAUCUGGAAAAAAAUAUUAAUUUAUAUUAGUCUGGACCACACUGUCCCUGACAUAGUUGCCAACACUAACGUCUCUGAACAUGGGAUGGGUUCUCUGGGUUGGUAACCAAUGCAUGUUUAGAGGUUUUAUGUCAUGUAUGACAUUAAACCUAGCAAACCAAACACAGUUCAUAGAGAUUGUCUCUUCUUCUCCCCACUAUGGCCCAACCCCUCAACAGUCUCUGUCAAUCAUUGUAGCUGACAUGCGACUUUUCUGUCUUUGAAUGAAGAGUGGGGAUGCAGGGCACUGGUCAAGAAAUCAGAGCUGUCUUGCUGAAAGUUCCAAAGUUGGCAACUAUAUCUUAUUUCCAUGUCAUUCUGUUUACUUGGAAUUUGCACUACACAUGUUGUGAGUGUAUGCAUUGUUUAUUUAUAGUUUGAAAUCCCAUGAAUGACAGAGGAAGGAAAGAAGCCCAUUUAUCUUGUGUUGUUCACUAACAUGGGAAGAAUUGUGAAAAUGACAGAAUGCUGAGAUCAUCUUCAUGCACAGUGACAUUAUAUUUCAUUAUCAUUCCAUCAGGAGCCUCUCUUCUAUAGCAAUAAAUAACAUUACAAAAAUGUUUCUAAUAUAUUGUACAGACAUUUGUACUGCUUUCCGAAUACUUGAAGAAAAUGGUAUUAUAAAUAAGCCAAUUACAUAUAUCUUUUUACAAUCUUAUCAGUACAUGGCAACUAAAGGAACACAUCGAGGCAAUGAAUGGUGGGAUGGUAACAGGAUUUUGAGUGUAUGAUGAGUUGUUUUUACUGUUUUUGGUAUAGUGAAGGUGCAAAAGCACUUACUGGAUGAUUAAGCAUAAUUUAAUCUUCACUGUGAUAAAACUUAUGCAAUAAACAUGGAUUUAAUAGAGAAA